GGGACACUGGGUACAAAGCCAUGCCACUUCAAGAGAACUUCCCUGCACUGUGCCCGGCAUGGCCCCACCACCAGCCAUGUUUACAAGAUGGAAAAUUUUGAGUACAGCAUCCAACUGAACAACCAAGACUGGGCAGACUUCUACUUGGCCUCUGAAGAAUGCAGCUUAAUGCAACCGGCAUUAGCUUCUGCAGAGGAGCAGCUUCCGAGUGACCUUGAGGAAGGGGAGGAGGAGGAGGAGAGCAGGGUCAUCCGGGUGAGAGUGGGCCCGAAUCCAGCUUCCAGCACAGCCAGCGGCCCGCUACGUGGAGCCCUUCGUGGGCACCUGCUUGUGGAAGCGGUUCUGCCUGCCAGCGAAGACAAACUGGAUCUGGGCUCGGUCAGCAGGUUUCUAUGCGACAACUGCGAAUGUGGGGCAGCUUUUCCACAGCCUUCUGCAAUCCUGGGAAGUCAACUGUCCCCUGUCACUUCGGAGCCACCAGGAGGUCAGUCUCAGCGGCCAGAACUUGCCAGAGAAUGUGAAGCUCUAUUUGCUGCAGAGGGAGGAGAACCAGAGACAAGAGACAGCCUCGCUGAUUCCGAUCAUGUCCUGCCGGGGGUAGAUGUUGCUGCCCCAAAAGCAGAAUUCCAAGGACAAAUCUCAGGACGGGAAACAAUGGAGGAACCUGUUUGCUCUGUGCCAAUGAGCAAGGGAGCCUCAAAGGGGAGAGAAAAUCAAACAGGAGAACACGGAAAUAAGCCCCCUGGCUUGGCACUGCAGCAACCCGCAGCUGCUAUCUCCCAGACUCCCUCAGUUGAUGUCCCGUUAUUAUUAUCAGUGAAGAGCUACUCAGUUUGCGGGAACCCAGAAUUAGACUCGAGGGUUCUGGAUGGACAUGCAUCUUCCUCAAGUUUUCCAUCUGCAGAGUCUGAAGAUGCUAAGCACCUUCAGGUCAACCGGAAGGCAGAAAGGCCAUUGCUCCAGGAAAAACCUUCCCUAUUCCAAGGACUUUCAGUGCCACUGGUAGAGACCUUGGCACACUCCGACCCCCUGUCAGAGAGCCAGGAGGAAAGGGUUUUGGGAAGGAGAAGCAACCAGGGAGAGAAUACUGCAGAUCUCAAAGAUGAGGGGCAAGCAAGCCAGAGUGAAGAUUUGACCCGAUGCAUCCUAAAAGAGGAAGGUCACAUGGACCAAGAAGCCAGAGUGAAUUUGCAAAAGCUCCCAGAAGAACACAAAUGUCCACCACUAAGAACUGUAACUGUUACCAGAUGUUCUGGAACACUAGAUCAGCACGGAGAAACGGCUGCACUGAAGGCAGAGACCAAGAAGGGCGGCGUGGAGGAACCCUGCAACUCUCUGGGCACAGCUGUGCCAUUCGAAGGGGGACUUGGAAGUAUGGCUCAAGGAAGCCAGAGGUCAAACUUUUUAGAAGAUAACAUUCCAUAUCGUCUGGCAGUGGAGGACUCUCUGGAAGGUAACUUGACUACAAUGACACGGCCUCAAGAGUAUGACUGUUUCCCCUGUGCUAACACCCAAGAGCACACAGAGAAGACGCUGGACAAGGCAUCAGAGGAUAACCUGGUGCCAGAUGUCAGUCAGGACCUGCCCGAAAUGUAUGGGCCUGAAAUGUAUGAAUAUUUCUUCACUGAUGUGGAAGGGGCUAGGGUGGGCAACAGGGGCAGGGAGAAAGAAAUGGGGGUAGAGAUGCUCAGUAGCUCUGACCAACCAUUGGCUCCACCUACUGGUUCCCAGUACUCAGACUCUAUUGCAGCAGAUGACACCACAUGCAUCUCCGUCCCAGAGGUGUACGAGCACUUCUUCAACAACAGAGCACAAGACAGGAAGAGCUGGAAGCAGCUUUUCUUGAGCAUGCCGGCAUCAGAGGCUAGGAAGGCAGUGAGAGCUUUGAAAACCCUCCUGAGCAAACCAGCCCACUUUCUCAGAGGUCAUCGCCCAAGUCCCGGGACUCUGCUACGGAGAGGAUCUCACGGAAAGCUGGUGGUCUUUUCACCGAGGCUACAAGAAGAAAGCCACCCGAGACCAGCAGACCUAAGAAUGGCUGUGAUGUCACCAGAAAGACCCCUGCAGCCAGCUGUCACUCACAGGGACAUGUGCCUGGGCUUCGUGGCAUUUGCUUCGUGGGCCGUCAAGACCUCCAAUCUGCAGGCUCCAGAUGCUUGGAAGAUUGUCUUGCUGGCAAAUUUCGGCACCCUCUCAGCCAUCCGCUACUUCAGGCGACAAAUUGCGGCAGAAGGGGAGCCCGGCACCUAAGCACGUCCAAUGCAAGCCCCCCCCCCCCCCCAUAUCCUGUAGGCUGUCAGAGGAUGAUUUGCAAGGACUGCCACGCUUUCUUCAGAGGCAGGGAAUGGACUUUGGGAGAUCUUGGAAUCUAGGACUUGUCUACUACACACACCCACUGGCAAAGCAGGCGAAGAGGUCAGGCAGAAGAUGGAGAAGACUGCGGACAUAAGAUUUGGGUUCUAGAAUUGUUAGAAGCUACAACAACUGAACCGAGGCGAUUGCAUUUUGGUCACAUUAUGAGAAGACUAGACUCACUGGAAAAGACAAUAAUGCUGGGAAAAGCUGAAGGCAGCACGAAAAGAAGAAGACCCGACAUGAGAUGGAUGGACUCAGCCAAGGAAGUUUGCAAGACCUGAGCAAGACUGUUACCAAUAAGACAUUUUGGAGGUUGUUAAUUCAUAGGGUUGCCAGGGGUCCAAAGUGACUUGACAGCACAUAACAUACACACACAUUGUUAAAAUUAGGGAGCUACUGUUUCUCAGCUGGUAACGCAGUUUAAACCAGUGAGAUACCCUGGCCAGCUAAAAAAAUCCACUUGGUAGCCCACUGAGCUGCUCCACGCAGUGGCUCCAAUGGCCACUUUCAUGUCAAAGUUUAAGGAGAAGACCAAAGGGAAGACAAUUCAUUCUAUCCAUGGAGGGCAGCAGCAAUAGGGUGAAAGGAAUAGAAAUUUCAGUUUAGGUAAUUUCCUCAGAGAGGGAAUGUCCAAAAUAUAAAAUUCUUACAAAGAACAUUAA